AUGCAGACUACAUCGUGUUUGCGCCAUCCUAAUCUUCCAACAGUAACAGUGUCGUCAGAAAUAGCUCAGACGCGUUAUUAUCCGCGCAGCAGAGCGUGGAGAGACGCUUCAGGGACGCGCCGUGCUGCGUCUGGUAGGAUUGUCUGGAGCGGUCAGAUCCCAUGGACGCGGCGCAGCCUGAACGCGUCACGGUGGAUUUUGUCUGUAAUCUUCUGAUCUUAUAAACUCUGCUGUCCUAAAAUGCUCACCGGCAAGACUUUAAGACUAGUCGAGCAUAACAUGAAGUCUUGUCUCAUGAAAUUAUGCAGACUACUGUGUUUUGUGUUGACUUUGCCGUUACACCUGAUGGAGCUCGUAGGACUGUGUGGUAUGUACAAGCGUUUGUUUCCUUUACUUGCCUACAACAUAACAUUUUCAUACAACGAUAAAAUGCACAAAACCAAGAGGGAGCUUUUCCGAAACGUGGCCAAAUUUGCAAACACCGACGGCACCCUCCGCCUGCUAGAGAUCGGCUGUGGCAGCGGGGCAAACUUCAAGUUUUACCCGUACGGCUGCACGGUGAUCUGCACCGAUCCCAACCCGCACUUCCAGAAGUACCUGCGGAUGAGCAUGGACGCGAACACGCAUUUGUCUUAUGGCGACUUUAUAGUCGUCUCCGGAGAGGACAUGGAGGGAGUGAAGGACGACUCAGUGGACGUGGUGGUCUGCACCUUGGUGCUGUGCUCCGUCCGCAACGUGCUGCGGGUGCUGCAGGAGGUCCGCCGCAUCCUCAGACCAGGUGGAGCCUUCUACUUUUUAGAGCACGUUGUCUCAGAUCCCUCCACCUGGACAUACUUCUUCCAGCACGUGCUGGAGCCUGUGUGGUACUAUCUGGGGGACGGAUGCAUGAUUACCAGAGCAACAUGGAAAGAUCUGGAGGCAGCUGGUUUCUCUGAACUUCACCUAAAACACAUUGAGGCUCCAGAGGUUACUCCCAUGAUAACACCACAUAUUGUGGGGUAUUCCAUUAAAUGACUGCAGGGCAGACUUCACUUUGCCUGUUGCAGGGCUUCUGAAGGUAUACAGUUGUUAGAUGUGCUUCAAUUCUCAUUUACACUUAACAGAAAUGCCACACUACAUUUAUUGAGUGAAAAUAUAUUUAUUUACUUACAGAAUCAGCAACUUUUCAUACACUGUUUGUUCUUCUUCCCCACCCCUCCCAAGAUGUACAUAAUAAAUAUUACCUGGACACUG